GCUGCCUCGCGGUCCUCAUUGACGGGCGGGAGCCUUUGUUCCCGGCUCGAGACGCUCCUUUCCUCCGGACACCAUCACUAACUAAUCCCUUCCCCCCGUCCCGAUCUUGUCGCGCUUCUCUGCACCUCACAUGCACGCCGCCCUCCGCACGACGGAGCUCCGCGCCAUCAUCUUUAAGCAGCUGCCAUCGUCGACGCUCGUAGCGCUCGCAACAUCCUGCAAGGCGCUAUCGGCGGCAGCCUUGGAGAUCCUUUGGUACGAGUUGAAGGACUUCAAGCCCCUCGCGAUGCUUUUGCCCAACUCUAAACGGGGAACGGAAGUGGAUCCAGGAUACAUCCUCCCCAAAGACGUCGACCGCAUCCGAUAUUACGGCCCCUUCGUUCGGCGUCUUGCCGUGCCGGCGCUACCUAGUCAUCUUUCUCCGUCGACCUUGGAGCAAGUAAUCGUCGCGCUGGGGGACGAUGACCUCUUUCCCCUCUUGCGUCAUCUUGAUUACACCGGCCCAUCGGUGUACGCGCCUUGCCUACAUCGACUGGUACCACAUACGCUUCUCUCACUUGCUGUUACUAUGGCUGACUCGCACGGCUUGGGCGCAGCGCACCUUGAAAGGAGGGAGAUUACCGCUUUGGCGAUGCCGAGGACUCGGAACAUCACAGAAUUCCUACUCGAGCUGUCCGCGACGUCCACGCCAUGGCCUGUCGCGGACAUAUUUGCAGGCUGGGACAGCUUACAAGCGUUGUCACUCACAGGGCAGAUCACGAAAGAGGUAGUUGAUGCUGCGAUGAGGCUGCCUCGUCUACGGGCUCUGUCUCUGCAUCGCCUCUUGGGGGAAUUGUUGCCAAGGCCCAGCUGGACGCUCGAAAAGCGAACCAAGCUGCCGUUGAGAAACUUGCAUCUUCAAAACCUCGAUCUAUGUGCUGCCAAAAGAUUCCUUGACUUACUGCCGACGACAACGCGCGUUGAUAUGUCUCAGCUGCACGUCGUGACCUACUCUCUCUAUGGCGCAACCGAUUUCAGUAAUUUUUGCCGUGCUGUGCAAAGUCGCUGCGUCACUUACGCUCUGGAGGACCUCGUACUCGAGCCUGACCAGGACGUUCUUAUAUCGCCCACGUACGAAGCGCGCGGUCCUAUCGUCACGCUCAGAGAUCUUCAACCUUUGCUCACCUUCGAGCGGCUCUGUCAGUGCACCAUAGCAGUCCCUAGAACGCUCGACAUCGGGGACAAUGAUCUGCGAGUCAUAGCACAAGCCUGGCCACAGGUCCGGAUACUCUGCUUGCGGGGCAUUCUCUCCAGUACGACGCGCUGUACACUCGAAGGGCUCGUACAUCUCGCCCGGUACUGCAAGCGUCUAGAGCGGCUCGCUAUCACGCUGCGAGGAAACGUUAUCGCCACUCCUAGAGAAAAGUUCGGUGUUGUUCACCACAACCUCCAUCACCUCGACGUCCUCAAUUCGCCCAUACUGACCGGACAAGAGCCCAGAAUUGCCCCCUUCCUCGGCACAGUCUUCCCCUCCAUUUCGCGCAUCUCAUCAACGGCUGGUCCAACAUCGUAUGUACAUGCAUGGGGCCAGGUCAUGGCGAUCUACCGUAGUUUCGUCGACUUUGCACCUUUGGCGCCCUAACUCGAUCCCAGCAACGGCCGUAUGGAGCAUGGGGCAGAAAACGACGAAGGUCCUUUGCGAGAAGGAGAAUAAGGAUCUCGAAUUAUUAGACGCUAUUUGAUUAUGAACAAUUCCCUCUCAUCGUCAAAGGGAGAAAGAGCACCAUAAGAUUCAGCCAGCUGCAUUCGAACUAGCGUGUAAUCAUUGGC